AUGGAAGCCGCAGGGGGGAUCAUCUCCCUCACCUGGGACGUCUUCGACAGCACCAUCAGAGUAUUCCGGUUCCUCACGGCCAUGGUUGAAAUGCCAAGAGACUGCGAGAAAUAUAGGCUGCAGUUGGUCAUCGAAUACAACCGCGUCCUGGCCUGGGGUAAGGCGGUCGGCCUCAUCGAUGUGCCCGAAGGCUCGACUCUGGGUACCGUACUGGGAGCCGAAGGUAUCGAGCUUGCAGCUAUACUCGCCCGUAUACAGUGGCUGCUCUCUGAGUUCCGCGACUACAAUGCCCGGUACGGCAAUGAGCUCAACCCAUACGUCUAUGACGAGGAUGGCAAGCAAAUAGCAAAAGAAAUCAGGGGCAUGGAGCGAGACGAGGAGAAGCGAGCGUCUAUCGACGAAGCGGAUACAACCUCGGCCGCAGAUGCCGACAUUGUGAAGGAUGUCUCGGCUUUGGCGGUGUCCUACGAAAAAGAGAAGAAGGAGCGCAGGCACCUCAAGGGAACCAACCAUAUCAGAGGCUUCCUCUCCAAGGCGGGUUACCACACCAAAGACAUGCUCACCCACCCCGGCCGAGUGCGGUGGCUCGUCAUGGACGGCGAGGAGUUCAAAAAGCUCCUCGAAGACCUCCACUUCCUGACCGAGCGUCUCCACGAGCUCAUAAGAGACCACCGUGACAAGCGCAUCGACGACAUCACCGCAAAGACCUACCGGGAGAUGAUCCUUACCCGCAACGACAUCCAAGACCUCCGCGACAUGUUUGACGCCGUCUCCGGCCUUGUUGCCACCUCCUCCCGCAACCAUGCCACCGCUGCCGCCCCAAACAACAACGACAAAACCCUGCAAGACCUUGUCCAACUUAAAAAGCUCUCCCGCACUUCAGACGCCAUCCUCUCCCAGCUCCACGACGACAACCAACCCCUCAAGCUCUCCUCCCUCUCCGACAUCAUCACAAUCACGGUUCCCGAGUACACCCCCGCCACCCUCGACACCUCCUUCGGCUGGAACGAAGACGAAACCGCCCACCCCGAAUACCUCCCCCGGCCCCGCGGCAUCCUCACCACCCCCCACGGCGACAUUCCAGUGUGGAUAGAGUGGAAAUCGAUCGGGGCCUUCAAACCCAAUUCCCUCCAAGACAAGCAAUCCGCCCUUCGCACUGUCGCCCUGGCCGAGAUGCUUCACCUGCCCAAGCCCGGCUCGCUACCCACCUGCGUCGGGUACUUUGACGACAGGGCUUACAACGACACGGAGCGGUACGCCUGGAUAUUCAAAUUCCCCGAGGGCUCUGACUACGACACCCGGAUUGUAUCACUUUACUCCCUCCUCGGCAACAGGACCUACCGCCCGUCUUUGUCACAGCGGGUGGUCCUGGCAGAAAAACUUUGUUCUACCGUCCUCAACAUUCAUGCGGUCAACUGGUUGCACAAGGGGAUAUUCUCGGAAAAUGUGCUUUUCUGCCUUGAUGACGGGCGGGUGGCGUACGACCCUACCUCGCCCAUCCUCUCGGGAUUUGAGUUCUCUCGUCCCGAUGGGACGGCUACGACGGCGAGGGAUACGGAUAUUGUGUGGGAUUUGUAUCGGUGGCCGGGGAUACAGCGGCAGCGGCCUACGGAGAGGAAUUCGAAAAAGACAUAUGAUCUUUAUUCUCUGGGGUUGGUGUUGCUGGAGGUGGCGCACUGGGAGAAACUCCAUGUUCUUAUGGGGUUGGGGAAGGGGAGGAAAGCCAAAGUGGUCGAGGGCGAGGAAGAAAAGGGGUAUCCCACUGUUAGUUUGGAGGAGAGCAAAAACGUGAGGGAUUGGCUUUUGGGUGUCAGGAAAGAGGGGGCGCCGUUUGAGAUGAACCCUCUGGCGGAGUUGGGGGGUUUGGUAGGGGAGAGGUACGCGAGGGUGGUGGGAGAGGUGCUUGUGGGCUCAUGGGGAGAGGGGGUUUGGUGUGGCGGAUGGGCUGUUGGGUGUUGA